GCGGAGAAGGGAAGGCCAGUCCAUGGCAUCUUGAUAUUAAAACCGUGGGCUCUGCGCAUUCCUCACCGACGGCGUAGUCUUUUUUUUCUUCUGCGGAGUCGAAAGGAUUAACUUGGCCAGAUAAAAGCGGCGAGGGAGGAAAUCUGAACAAUUAUUCAAUUUGACCAGAUUCUGUUUGGUUGGAUACGUGGGAUAUCAUUGGACCUGCGAUGGACUCCAGCGCGGGGGAAUAUGGCAUGGCUCGUCUUGGAUUGUUUUUGGUUUUGAUGGGGCUGUGGAGAUUUAGCGAUGCUUGCACACCAUCCUGCACUUGCAGCACCUCAAGGAUUGUUUGUAAUGAUUCUGUUCCAGGGAUCGAGGAUUUCCCUGUCCUCACGUUAGAUGACAUGGAAAACAUCACCGAGAUAUACAUUACUAAUCAAAACAGGCUGUUUGAGAUCAAUGACAACAGUCUGAAGCUCUACGUAAACCUCAGAAACCUAACAGUGAUAAAAACAAGUCUGACAUCUAUAUCAUCAGACGCAUUUUUCAACAAUACAAGACUUCAAUAUGUAAAUCUCAGAGACAAUAACAUAUCAACGCUGUCAUGGAGAACAUUUCAGAACUUUAACACAACAUACCCGCUCCUCUUGUAUGGAAACCCUCUGGAUUGUGUUUGUGAGAACUUUUGGAUCAAACUGAGGCUAGAAGAAUCUGACAAUAAAAAUCUGAAAUGCAAAGACAACAGAGGAUUGACAACGACCUUUGACAAACUCAGUCCACCUGACUGCGUGGUUCCCGAAGUAGAGGUCACCCCAAGAACUGUGACUGAGAUGCAGGGGAGUGAUGUCAAAGCUGUUUGCAACGCCUCAGGCUCCCCUCCUCCUGAGAUCCUCUGGAACCUUGAUUUGCUCUCUACCCACCACAAGAUUGAACCCUCGGAAAUGGAGAGCAGCCUCACCUUGUCAGAUCUGUCUCCUGAUGAUAAUGGCAGGGUGAUCAUAUGCAGCGCUGAGAACAUGGUCGGUCAGAAAGAGGCCACCCUUCAGCUCAAUAUUCUCUUUGCCCCCACCAUCCAGCAGCUGCUGGGGCCAGAGCGGGACCACCACUGGUGCAUCCCCUUCAGCGUGACAGGGAACCCCAAGCCUGAGCUGCAGUGGUACCACGAGAACGUGCCUCUCCAAGAGCAGGACUACAUCCGCACCAUGAUCCACGUGUCCACCGAGAGCGAGUACCACGGCUGCCUGCAGCUGGUCAACCCUACGCAUAUCCACAAUGGCAUGUACAGGCUGGUGGCAAAGAACAAGUACGGCCAGGACGAGAAGAAGGUCUCUGCCCAGUUCAUCGACCCGCCUGACAUCGACCAUACAGCAGAAGACCCCUUUUACUACUACACUACUGACUCACCACUCCCUCCUCUGGAUGACAGUGUUGCAGUUUAUGUAGUUGUGGGAAUUGCAGGAGUUGCCUUGACUGGCUGCGUUCUGAUGGUGAUAAUUCUAAAAUAUGGAAGAAACUCCAAGUUUGGUCUUAAAGGCUCCUCCUCAGUCAUCAGUAAUGACGAUGACUCUGCCAGCCCUCUUCAUCACGUCUCCAAUGGCAACAACACCCCGUCAUCCUCUGAGAUGGGUCCAGACGCAGUGAUCAUUGGGAUGACAAAGAUUCCUGUCAUUGAAAACCCACAGUACUUCCGCAACUCCGGCAGCAUGCUGAAAUCUGACACGUUUGUCCAGCACAUCAAGAGACACAACAUUGUACUGAAGCGGGAGCUGGGAGAGGGAGCCUUUGGGAAAGUGUUUCUUGCUGAGUGCUACAACCUGACACCAGACCAGGAGAAGCUCCAUGUGGCAGUCAAGACUCUGAAAGAGGCCAACGAGAGCGGCCGAGCAGACUUCUACCGAGAGGCAGAGCUUCUCACCAACCUGCAACAUGAACACAUCGUCACCUUCUACGGGGUGUGUGUAGAGAGCGACCCGCUCAUCAUGGUGUUUGAAUACAUGAAACAUGGUGACCUAAACAAGUUCCUCAGGUCCCAUGGUCCUGAUGCAGUGCUGAUGGCAGACGGUCAGCACAGUAUCCUGGUGGAGCUCACCCAGUCCCAGAUGCUGCACAUUGCCCAACAGAUUGCUGCUGGCAUGGUCUACCUGGCCUCCCAGCACUUUGUCCACAGAGACUUGGCAACCAGGAACUGCCUGGUAGGAGAAAACCUGCUGGUCAAGAUAGGGGACUUUGGCAUGUCCAGAGACGUUUACAGCACAGACUACUACAGAGUGGGUGGUCAUACAAUGCUGCCAAUCCGCUGGAUGCCCCCAGAGAGCAUCAUGUACCGGCGGUUCACCACAGAGAGUGAUGUGUGGAGCCUCGGCGUGGUGCUGUGGGAAAUCUUCACCUACGGCAAGCAGCCCUGGUACCAGCUCUCCAACAAUGAGGUGAUUGAGUGCAUCACCCAGGGCCGCGUGCUGCAGCGGCCCCGCACCUGUCCUAAAGAGGUGUAUGACCUGAUGCUGGGCUGCUGGCAGAGGGAGCCCUACAUGAGGCUGAACAUCAAGGAGAUCCACAGCAUGCUCCAGAGCCUCGCCAAGGCCUCACCCGUGUACCUGGACAUACUGGGCUGAUGCGCCGGUGUUCUUGUAUGUACUUUGCGUGCAUGUGUGUGAGCUGGUGUAUAUGGACGAGUGGUUGUCUGUUUGUCUGAACAUGAUGAGACGGAGAGGAGAGGAGGAAACAAAGGCUGUGGGACUGCGUGAGCGCCCGCGUCUGUGUACAGUACCUGGCUGUAAAUGUUCCUGUAAAUGCUAUCCUGUCCCCAUUACAUUGAGAAAAGCCUUAAAUUUUGAGUGAUUUAUGUUUUGCUUUUUCGUUUCUUCUCCAUUCGCAGACGUUCUUGAGGCAUGUUUCACAAAUGGAAACCAAAAUGCAUUUACUUUAUCCAAACCAUCAACACUCCUAUAUUUGAAAGGCAUAAAAAUAAACAAAAGCCAAUUAUCAGAAACAUUUUACUGGGUUAUUCUGCAUACAUUCAUCGCAUUCAAUACUCACUAUCCUGUAUUCCAUAUUUGCUGGGAACAAACAAAGGGAAAAUAAUGUGUCUCCAUAAUGGACAAUGUAUGGACACAACUUUGUAGAUAGAGCUUUCUCUUCUUUCAACAAUGUCACACAGAGCAACAUAUUCUGCAGUAAGAUAAAAAAAAAAUGCUCAUUACAGCUUAAGUUUUUCUUUUUUAUGUCAUAGACUAUUUUAAUAUUUAUAGAAUUUAUAAAUGUUGACUCUGUUUUCAUAUCAAGCUGUUGGUUUAAAUCUGUGGUUUUUGAGUCAAACUUUUGCUUGUUUGAAUUUUAAACGCGCAUGUAUAUUAUUAUACACACGCGUUUAAAAAAUAUAGAUUCUUAUAGAUGCCUGUCUGUUAUAUAUAACUUACUGAAGUCCACUGAAGGACUGCAAAAUCAAUGUUGAGGUUGUAAAACACAAGGGCAUACAGCAUUUUACGCCGUUUUUUUUUUUAAUAAUGUCAAAAUAAUUUGUCAUAUUUUAUGUAAAUAUCUGUUGAGGUUCUACACUAAUCACACCAGGUCAUCUAUAUUUACAAAGUAGUGUUUUAAAAGUUGUUGGAGUGCUCUACUCAUUUCAUGACCCUUUUUCAUUUAAUGUAUCUAAAGCACAGAGAAUGAGGACUCAGCAGUGUUGAGCUGUGCCUGCCUGCCCCCCCCCCCCCCCCCCCAAAAAAGGAUGAGCACAGUUUGUUUGACUUUUUAUUUCUUCAUUCACCAGCAAUGCCAUUUAGCAAAUCGUUGUUGUUCUGUGGCCCAUAUCUGUAUGUGAUGUGGUUUUGUUUGCAUCUCCAGAAGCAGGUUUUCAAAUGUUGUGGGUGUUAUGAUUUUGUUUAUGGUUUGAACUUAUGGAGAGUCAUCUUCAUUUUUUUAAUUUCUAAGAGGGAUUGACGAUAUAUUUUGAUGCAGUUUACUGCACUGAUGCUGGUUCAAUAUAUUGGGGAUUUCUCUGUUUUCAGCCCUUUGGUUUGCAUUUAUUGAAGUCGCUACUUGUUUAUUUGUUAUUUAUUUGCUAUUAUAUAUUAUUAUUUUGUUAUUUAUAUAUGGUAGGCUAAGAGAGUAAAAAAAUUAAUUAAGAGUCUGAUUGCCCUUAAAAUGUUGUAGGGGUGCUUUCAUUUCUCUGAGCGGCCCCAGUCAGCCGGGCAGUGACUGAUACAGCUCCUCACUUCAGGGCAUCGGUAAAGCACAUUUGUACAGGCUGAGGACCAUAAUGCUUAAAAAUGGUUUAAAAAUGCAUUCUAAUAGUUCAUUUUCCAAAUUAGCUUCUGUUUAUCUGAGACUAAAAAAAGGCUUAAAUAUUAAAGCAAGUGUGGUGGUCCGAGCGUCUAGUACAAACUUCUGUAUAAAUCUUUGCAAAAAACCGUAGUGAUUACUUCUUCACAAUAACCGUCAUGUAUUUCCAUAUGGAGGCAUAAAGCAGUAAGACUCUUUGCUGAGACAAUAAGUUAUGUUAAGUGCACUUUGUAGCGUUACUUAUCCCCAAAAUGCACAACCUGAGCGGCUGUGCUCAGCACUGAACGCUCUCCGCCUCGACCUCAACUGCACUUAACAAAAAAAAAUAAACCCUUGCUAUGCUGGCCAUAACUAAAGCAAGUCUGAACUCUGACACAUCGUCCUCAAUGACAAUGGCCGUGUUCCUCUAUGUUUUUAUUACAGCGUUUGUCAGUUCUGUAUAAUAGUCAUGUGUCUGCUGUACAUAAAUUGCUGUCCAUUCUGUAUAGUUCUGAUAUUUGUCUAUAUCAAUAGUAGGCUAUGUUUAAUAGUAUAAUCUGUUUUAAGCAGGUAUCAUGUCAAAACCGUGUGACAUCUAUUGAAGACAACGUGUUAUGGGCCACUGGCAAUACAUACUAUAU